CUAUCAAAUCAGCAGGCACCGCCCUCGUGCAUCUCCUUGCACGCGCUCAACGUUUGGCCCCGAGGCCAUGACGACGUCAACCGAAUCUGAAGGUUGGAGGCAAGACAUUCUCGAAAGCUCCGGCUGCUCACCACGUCUCGUUCAGCAAUAUCCGCAACAUGAGCCAGCGCUUGUCGGUCUCACGAGCCUCUGUGUCAAACCCUCCGACGCCCGUGGUGGGGCCCACCAACGCAGAAGACAAUGACCCCACAUCAGCGUCCAAGCGUGGCUCAGUGUGGCAGUGGGUCGUAGGCUGCGCCUUCCUCGUGUGCGUGGCCAUCAUCUGGAACUUCUCCAGUGUCCUCAUCCAGUACAUCUUCAACGACUUGUCCUUCGAGGCUCCAUUCUUCCUCACAUCCUUCGGAAUGGCGCUCUUCUCCGUUAAUCUCCCUAUCUACUACGUGACCAAGGUGUGGUUCCCCCAAUUGGGUCGCGGUCUAUCAGGUCAGAGCAUGUCUGACUUACCCCAAGUCAAAUCGGAGACGGGCACAGAAGUGAAGCAGACACCGCAUGACAAGGCCACACUCCACCGUACGGUGAUCGCCGCUGCAAUCGUCGCUCCAUUGUGGUUCAUCGCCAACUUCACGUACAACGAGAGUCUAAAUCUCACCAGUGUAACCAGCAGUACCAUCCUAAGUGCCACCUCCUCAGUGUUCACACUGAUCCUGGCCGUCUGGAUCCUCAAGGAGCGCUUUACGUGGGUCAAGGCAUUGGGUGUGUUGCUCUGUAUGGCUGGUAACUGCACUACAUUGGCAAAAGACUCGGAAGGCGGCAUCUCGGAAGGAUUCUGGGGUGACAUCUGUGCUCUCAUCGGUGCCAUUAUGUACGGCGUGUACACUACAGCUAUACGCAAGUACCUCCCGGACGACGCUGGCAUGAGCGUGUCGCUCUUCUUCGGCUUCGUCGGUCUCUUUAGUCUGAUUGUGCUCUCCAUCUUCUGCAUCGUCUUUAACUACACUGGAGUGGAGUCACUGCAAGGUCUCACGUGGGAGAUCGUGGGCCUGCUCUUCGUGCAAGGUCUGCUGAACAACGUGCUGGCUGACUAUCUCUGGGCUGUAGCCAUCAUGUACACGUCCACCACCACGGCCACCAUCGGCUUAUCGCUGACGGUGCCCAUGGCCAUUUUCUCCGACUGGAUCGUCAACGACAUCAAACCUGGUUACAUCACGUUCAUCUCGUCUGCGCUGGUGCUUGGCGGCUUUGUUGUCCUCGCCGUCACCACACGCAAGGAGCAAUUGAGUGCCGGAAAGGAACAGGACGCCUCAAAUACUGAGAUCCCCUCGCCAAAGUCCCCCGCCACUCAGUACCGAAUGUCCAAGGAGUAGGCAACUUAAGUAGCCCCCUCCUAUCAAUAUGAAAUGACCGUACUGUGCCGAAUUACUCGACCGUUCUAGAGUUAACAUGGGUUUAUAAAGCACGAACAGUCGUGUGUCAUUUUCAGUUA